GAUGACAAUGAUGAAGAUGCAUUCAACGAUGAUGCCCAGAACUCAAAUUUUAGCAUGGAUAGAUUUAUGAGAGGUAGAAGGGGUCAAAGAUAUAGAUUUAACAAAGGAGACCAAAAUCUGGCAAGGUGGGGAGAUCGGCAAGAUCAUGACUUAGGCAGCAUCAAGAUGAAGAUUCGUCCAUUUCAAGGCAAAAAUGAUCAAGAUGUGUAUUUGGAGUGGGAAAAGAAGGUGGAAUAUGCCGUUGAUGGAAAACUACUUGUCACUAGGCGAGCUUUGAAUGUGCAAGCCAAAGAAGAUGAUGAAGUACAACGUGACAAUAUAUUUCACACGAGAUGCCAUGUCAACAACAAGGUAUGUAGUGUGAUUAUUGAUGGUGGUAGUUAUAUUAAUGUCGCUAGCACUGUUUUAGUUGAAAAGCUUAAUUUACCUAUGAUGAAGCAUCCAAGGCCAUAUAAGCUGCAAUGGUUAAACGAUUGUGGAGAAAUCAAGGACUUCAAGGAUGUGUUUCCAGAUGACGUUCCUAAUGGUUUACCACCAAUAAGAGGAAUCGAGCAUCAAAUUGACUUCAUUCCUAGUGCAACAAUUCCAAACCGACUAGCAUAUCGAAGCAAUCCCAAUGAGAUGAAAGAACUUCAAAAGCAGGUCGAAGAACUCAUGAAAAAGGGACAUAUUGUUUUUUUAGGGUAUGUUGUUUCAGCUGAUGGAAUCGCAGUAGAUGAAGAAAAGGUUAAGGCUAUUAAAGAAUGGCCGACAACUAAAAAUAUUUCUGAGAUGCAGAGUUUUCAUGGUUUGGCGAGUUUCUACCAAAGAUUCAUUAAGGAUUUCAGCACAAUUUCAGCACAAUUUCAACACCAGCGGCGGCCUAUUGCGUUUUUCAGUGAAAAAUUAACUGGUGCAGCACUGAACUAUCCUACUUAUGACAAGGAGAUGUAUGCAUUGGUAAGGGCUUUAGAGAGAUGGCAGCAUUAUCUUUGGCCUAAGGAGUUCGUGAUACAUACUAAUCAUGAGUCGUUGAAGCACCUAAAAGGACAAGGUAAGUUGAAUAGACGACAUACUAAGUGGGUGGAAUUCCUUGAGACGUUCCCCUAUGUGAUCAAGUAUAAGCAAGGAAAGGAAAACAUUGUGGUUGAUGCAUUAUCUCGUAGGUACACACUUAUCUCUACCCUAAGUGCAAAGUUAUUAGGUUUUGAGCACAUUAAAGAAUUAUAUGCUAAUGAUCCAAAUUUUGGUAACGUGUUUAAUGCAUGUGAGAAGAUUGCUUUUGAUAAGUUGUAUAGGCAUGAAGGGUACUUGUUUAGAGAAAAUCGAUUAUGUGUGCCUAACUGUUCCUUAAGAGAAUUGUUAAUAAGGGAAUCUCAUGCGGGAGGCUUAAUGGGACAUUUUGGAGCUAGGAAAACUUUAGAUAUUCUGAAUGAUCACUUCUUUUGGCCACACAUGAAACGUGAUGUUGAAAGGAUCUGUGAAAGGUGCAUAACAUGUAAACAAGCAAAAUCUAGAGUUUUACCACAUGGUUUGUAUACUCCUUUACCCAUACCUACUGAACCUUGGGUUGAUGUAUCUAUGGAUUUUGUUUUGGGCUUACCAAGGUCAAAAACAGGUCACGAUUCUAUUUUUGUUGUUGUUGACAGGUUCUCGAAGAUGGCACACUUCAUUCUAUGUCAUAAAACUAACGAUGCAACCAAUAUUGCGGAUCUAUUCUUCAAGGACGUUGUUCGUUUACAUGGCAUUCCAAGGACCAUCGUUUCUAAUCGCGAUGUCAAGUUCUUGAGUUACUUUUGGAAGACAUUGUGGGGAAAGCUGGGAACUAAGCUACUGUUUUCGACUAUUUGUCAUCCACAAACUGAUGGACAAACAGAAGUGGUUAAUAGGAUGUUGUCAACCUUAUUGCUUGUGUAUGGUUUUAAUCCACUCACUCCUUUAGAUUUAUUGCCUUUACCUAUUGACGAACAAGCUAGUUUAGAUGGGAAAAAGAAAGCUGAAGCGAUUAAGCAACUACAUGAGAGUGUGCGACAAAACAUAGAGCGACGAACUGAGCAGUAUGCAAAACAAGCCAACAAAGGACGCAAGAAAGUUGUAUUUGAACCUGGUGAUUGGGUUUGGGUGUAUAUGCGCAAGGAGCGAUUCCCUGCACAGAGGCAUUCUAAGCUGCAACCAAGAGGCGAUGGACCAUUUCAAGUGAUUACGAGGAUUAAUGACAAUGUAUACAAGUUGGAGCUUCCUGGUGACGAUUUGAGGACAAAUCCUUUUGAGGAGAGAGGGAAUGAUGGGAAUCAAGAUGACAACAUAUCUACUACGUCACGUGAUCCAUUACACACCCAAGGAGAUCUAGUCACGCGAGCUAGAGCUAAGAAGAUGCGAGAAGCUUUAAAUGGCCUUAUUAAGCAAAUCUGGGUUGAUAACAACAUGCAAGAAGUAAAUCGAAGCUUGGAUGAUUAUCAAGGCAUGAUAAACGUCAUUCAGGGGCUUGCAACCCUAAUUGAAGGGGUGAUGGAAUCUGAGAUUUUGAGAGACUUUUCUCUUUGUUCCCCUGGAUUAAUCAUCAUGUGGGCAGCAACCGUCUCCUUUCCUUCCCCACUCAUUGCGAAUUCGCCAACGAACUAUAGAAGCCAUAAAGACUUGAAGCGUAGAGCAUCCCUCUACGGUUUUCCUCUGGCGAGCAAAAUCAUGGUUAGAAAUUUGCCAUAUUCUACCAAUGAAAGCAGUUUGCAGACGGAAUUUUCAAAGUUUGGCCCAAUAGCUGAAGUUAAGCUUGUAAAGAUGGAUUAACAAAAAGAUCCAAGGGAUUUGCAUUCAUUCAAUAUACAUCUCAAGAUGAUGCAAUUCUAGCAAUAGAGAACAUGGAUCAAAAGUUAUUUGAUGGCAGAUUGAUCUAUGUUGAAAUUGAAAAAAUGGGGAAGGAAAGAUUCCAUGUUGAUCCAAAAACCUCUGGACCCCUAAAGAAAGACACAAUCCCAGCAGGAAACAUAUAAGGUAGCAGAUGGCUGCUAGUCUGGUACUAAUAUUAUGACUACAAGCAAUGGCACAAGGAUAUUGGCAAAAGAGGGGAUAUAAUAGCACCAUGCAGCAUAGCAAAUUCAACUAGAAUUGUCUAGUUUGAAAAUAUCAGCAGAAAACGUAUGGUCUUCACUCUGUAGAGUAGUUUCUUUUCUUCAUGCCAUACCUAAAAAUUUUUUGUAGCUUGAUUUCCUUCAAAGCAUGAGAUUGGCCGGGGAUGGCAAGAGAGAAUUAACUGCUUAUUCAAUA